UUUCACUCUUCCGGUUUUGUGGGCGCCAGGAGAAAUGGAAUAUUCUUCCGGCGACCUAUGCUUCGCAAGUUCUUGAGGCGUUCAUAUUCCGAUCGAUCUGAACAGAGAUGGAGGGAUCGCAAGAGAGCGGUCGAUAAAUCGAAGAGGAUUGGGGAGUGAAGAUUGAAGAGUUAAGACAUUGUAGAAAGCUAAGGUUUUGAAUGGGUAGAUGGAGAGCUUCGUUUCUCCUUAAGCACGUAAUAGCCAGUUCCCAAUCCAUCCGUCGCUCACCCUAUAAUCUCCUGAGAGCUCCUCAGUUGUUACCUGUCUGGAGAACUGGAAUUCAAUCAUUCGGCAGUAGAUUCCGUUCUGCAAUUCCAUCUCCAUCUGCUGUUUAUGACGAUGAAUUUUUCUGCGGGAAUUUUGAUUUUGACAAUAGGUGCGAACUGGAACCCAAGGAAGAGGAGAUCGGAAAAAUUCUGGUCAAAGCUUAUUUUCUCUGUACAAGUAUCGAUUUGAAGAGCAUUCAGACUGAGAACCCAAGCAAUGUUGUUCCACCUUCUUCUCGUUCAUCAAAUUAUAUUGCUCUCAGAUAUUGCAAUUUCCCCUCGGAAGUUAAUGGUGCUGGCAUCUUAGACAAUGGGAGUUGCUGCUGUUACAUGGUAGUGUUCCAAUAUGGAUCAGUUGUCUUAUUUAACAUUGCGGAUGAUGAAGUGGAGAGUUACCUGGAAAUUGUUAAAAGGCAUGCUUUUGGGUUGCUCCCAGAGAUGAGGAGGGAUGAUUAUGCUGUAAAAGAGAAGCCACUGUUGGUGGAGGACAUGCAAGGAGGGCCAGACUAUAUUGUUCUUAAAAAUCUGGAUAUUGAUGGGAUACGUAUUAUUGGAAGUGUGCUCGGCCAAAGCGUUGCUCUUGAUUAUUUUGUUUCUCAGAUUGAUGAUAUGGUGGAAGUAUUCACAGAUAUAAAUCGUGGUCUGGAGAAGCAUGGUACCUUCACCAUGGACAGGAGAAAGCUCUUUCAACUUGUUGGGAAGGCAAAUUCAAAUAUAGCAGAUGUGAUUCUUAGAGUCGGUCUUUUUGAAAGAUCAGAAAUAGCUUGGAGGGAUGCAAAAUACGCUCAGAUAUUGGAUUACCUUCGGGAGGAGUAUGAAGUCGCCCAACGUUUUGGAAACCUUAAUUUUAAAUUGAAGUUUGUGGAGGACUGCAAAACUUAUGCAACCAUGGUCAGGGAUGAUCUUUUAUGCUACCUGUUUGGUUAUUCUUUUGCAGCACAAUAUUCAUUUUCUUCAAGAAGUUCUUCAGAACAGAAGAUCAGAUCUCUUGGAGUGGUGUGUAAUAAUUCUUUUGAGUAUUGAAAAUGUAAUAUCAGUAUAUGAAAUUGUCCAUGAAUCAGCUGCAGUCCCUCUCUGAUUAAGCAAAAGGUAUUUUUUUGUUUUUUUUUUGGCAGCCAAAUAAAACAACUGUCGGAAUGCCUACAUCAGAUUUUGAAAGGCAGCAGUUUUCCAAUAUGUUCCCUAUUUAUUUGUCUUACCAAAAAAAAUGCAGAAGCCUUACUAAGGUUUCCUUA